AUGCAGAAGUCACUGGAUUCCAUGCGAUCUGAAGUUGGUGGUCACACGUACCUGCGACGUUUCCCACGUCAUUCUCAGCAAAUUUGCAGGGCAAAACGCAUCGAGACAGCCUCGCAGUGCCAGCGAAGACUUUGCCAGGGGUUCAGCGUAACCUCGACUGAGCCUUGUGCGUGCCUCAGGAUCCUGCGAUCGAUUUCCGCUCACCAGGCCAUCAGACCGCCACCCUUGCCGGCAUUUUCCGUCGUUGUGGAGGAGCUAUACACAGUGAUUCGUGAAGAACUUGUGGACUCUACGAUUGACAAGUGCGAGUUGAUUGGGGAAGUGGCUUCAACCUCUGACGAUGGUCUAUUCCACACUAAUUUUGCUUCGCACCUUCUAGGCGUCAACUAA